UCGAAAGUGGGCGGGCUUUGUGCGCACCGAGCGCUCUGCUUCCGGCGCGCGAGUGACGCGCCAACCGCGACCUCCUCGUACGCAGCGCCUCGGACGUCGGGGCUUGGAGUGUCUGCGUCUUUCCCUCCUCCGCGGCUUCAUUCCUUUCCUUCCUAGCUAGGUCGUCGUCGCCGCCAUGAACAAGAAGAAGAAGCCGUUCCUGGGGAUGCCCGCGCCGCUCGGCUACGUGCCCGGGCUGGGCCGGGGUGCCACUGGCUUCACCACCCGCUCAGACAUUGGGCCCGCCCGUGAUGCAAAUGAUCCUGUGGAUGAUCGUCAUGCUCCCCCAGGCAAGAGAACCGUUGGGGACCAGAUGAAGAAAAACCAGGCUGCUGAUGAUGAUGAUGAGGACCUAAAUGAUACCAAUUACGACGAGUUUAAUGGCUAUGCCGGGAGCCUCUUCUCAAGUGGGCCCUAUGAAAAAGAUGAUGAGGAAGCAGAUGCUAUUUAUGCAGCCCUGGAUAAAAGGAUGGAUGAAAGAAGAAAAGAAAGAAGGGAGCAAAGAGAGAAAGAAGAAAUAGAGAAAUAUCGUAUGGAGCGCCCCAAAAUCCAGCAGCAAUUCUCAGAUCUCAAAAGGAAAUUGGCGGAAGUCACAGAAGAAGAGUGGCUGAGCAUCCCUGAGGUUGGCGAUGCCAGAAACAAACGUCAGCGGAACCCACGCUACGAGAAACUGACCCCUGUUCCCGACAGUUUCUUUGCCAAACAUUUACAGACCGGAGAGAGCCAUACCUCAGUGGAUCCCCGACAAACUCAAUUUGGAGGUCUUAACACACCCUAUCCAGGUGGACUAAACACACCAUACCCAGGUGGAAUGACACCAGGAUUGAUGACACCUGGCACAGGUGAGCUGGACAUGAGGAAGAUUGGCCAAGCGAGGAAUACUCUGAUGGACAUGAGGCUGAGCCAGGUGUCCGACUCCGUGAGUGGACAGACCGUCGUUGACCCCAAAGGCUACCUGACAGAUUUAAAUUCCAUGAUCCCUACACAUGGAGGGGACAUCAAUGAUAUCAAGAAGGCACGACUGCUCCUCAAGUCUGUUCGGGAGACAAACCCUCAUCACCCGCCAGCCUGGAUUGCGUCAGCCCGCCUGGAGGAAGUCACUGGGAAGCUACAAGUAGCUCGGAACCUUAUAAUGAAGGGGACAGAGAUGUGCCCCAAGAGUGAAGAUGUCUGGUUAGAAGCAGCCAGGUUGCAGCCUGGGGACACAGCCAAGGCCGUGGUGGCCCAGGCUGUCCGUCACCUCCCACAGUCUGUCAGGAUUUACAUCAGAGCAGCAGAGCUGGAAACAGAUAUUCGUGCAAAGAAGCGGGUUCUUCGUAAAGCCCUCGAGCAUGUUCCAAACUCGGUUCGCUUGUGGAAAGCAGCCGUUGAGCUGGAAGAGCCCGAAGAUGCUAGAAUCAUGCUGAGCCGAGCUGUGGAGUGCUGCCCCACCAGUGUGGAGCUCUGGCUUGCUCUGGCAAGACUAGAGACCUAUGAAAAUGCCCGCAAGGUCUUGAACAAAGCGAGGGAGAACAUCCCUACAGACCGACAUAUCUGGAUCACGGCUGCUAAGCUGGAGGAAGCCAAUGGGAACACGCAGAUGGUGGAGAAGAUCGUCGACCGAGCCAUCACCUCGCUGCGGGCCAACGGGGUGGAGAUCAACCGAGAGCAGUGGAUCCAGGUAGGCCGCAGGCAGGUGUCGCGGUGUCUGCUUUCACAGUGUAUGUGCUGCACAUAGGAGUCCUGCAUGGGC